GAGAGCACCAAGUAGUACAGCGAGAUCAGGAGUAUGAAGAGCGGCAGUAGAGCCGCUGCUGCCGGGCUGCUCAGGCGGGGAGAGCAGGACGGGCCGCAGGAGAAGGGCGAGGAGCGUUGGGGCGCUGCGCGGAGAAAAUUUUUGACAACAUGUGUACCAAGGUAGCACCCGUUGUUGAAGGAUGUGUACUGCUCUCAGCCCAAAGGCCCGAGGCCCUGGCCUCUCUGAUAUGCACCAGUAUAGCCAGUGGCUGGCAAGCAGACAUGAGGCGAAUUUGUUACCAAUGAAGGAAGACCUGGCUCUGUGGCUGACAAACCUGUUGGGAAAAGAAAUAACAGCUGAGACCUUCAUGGAGAAACUGGAUAAUGGUGCCUUGCUCUGUCGGCUGGCGGAAACUUUACAGGAGAAGUUUAAAGAAAACUGCAUUGAGGUCAACAAAUUUGGAAAGAUCAUGCCAGUGAGGAAAAUUCCCUGCAAAGCCAAUGCACCAUCUGGAUCUUUUUUUGCAAGAGAUAAUACUGCAAAUUUCUUAUCCUGGUGCAGAGAUGUGGGAGUCGAUGAUACUUGUCUAUUUGAAUCUGAAGGUCUGGUCCUCCACAAGCAGCCCAGAGAAGUGUGCCUGUGUUUGCUCGAACUUGGAAGGAUUGCUGCCAGGUUUGGUGUGGAGCCACCUGGAUUAAUAAAGCUGGAGAAAGAGAUUGAACAAGAAGAAACACUUUCCACUCCUCUUCCAUCCCCUUCACCCUCUCCAUCAAAGUCGCCUGGCAAAAAAAGCACAGGAAAACUCCUGGAUGAUGCAGUCAAACAUAUUUCUGAAGAUCCUCCUUGCAAAUGCCCUAGCAAAUUUUGUGUGGAGCGUCUUUCACAAGGAAGAUACAGAGUUGGAGAGAAGAUUCUUUUCAUCAGGAUGCUGCACAACAAACAUGUGAUGGUUCGUGUAGGAGGAGGAUGGGAGACGUUUGCAGGGUACUUGCUGAAACAUGAUCCAUGCCGAAUGCUGCAGAUCUCUCGGGUGGAUGGGAAAACGUCCCCGAUCCAGAACAAGUCGCCAACCAUCAAGGACAUGAAUCCAGACAGCUACUUGGUGGUUUCUGCCCAUUACAAAACUAAGAAGGAGAUUAAGUGAAAUUGCCUCCUUAUUUCAUUCAGGACUCUGUAUACGUAGCCCCACCCUAUCUUUUCAAGUGUAGCCAAAUUAGCUGGUGCUUCAAAUGGACUUUGAAAAAUUACAAGCAGACUGGAAAUGACAACCCACAUUAGGGAUUGUUGAACUGUAGAACUAUUUAUUUCUAGUACUGUACCUUUUUUAAAAAAAAUAGCAAGUUACCCUUGAUAGGUUAAUUACUACAAUGAGAUUAAAAACAAAUAGACAUAUAUUUUUAGCCAAAUUAUUACUCUAUGAAUGUAUUCUUAGAAUGACUUAAGCAAUAUGACUCACAUUAAGGUAUUGAAAUGUGAUAUAUUUGUAUGAAAAAUAUAUAGAAUUUCCACUGGGUUGCCCGAAUCCAGAGUUAGGUGUAGUUCAGUUAUAGAGCACAGGAGGUGCUGCAUGCAGGAGGUCCCAGGCUUGGUUCCAAUUUUUUUUAAAGUUGUAAACUCAUCCUGAAGCUAGAGAAUGCCGGUCAGUCAGAAUAUUGGAGCAAAUAUACAACCCCUUCUUUAUUCCAGCACGUACUAAGGUCCUAUGAUUGCAGGCUAGCCCGGAUACAGUAUGGUCCUGAUCUUCUUAUGUAUUCUUGUGAAAGGAUUAAGUUCCUUCCUUGAAAUGAGUGGAAAAUGUCUAACAGGUGCUACCACCACAUAGUCUAUCAGGCAUUUUUUUUACUCAGGCUGAUAGAUCAGGAUGUUUACUAUAUGAGAUGAAAGGAAAUGAUACAGAUCUAUGUGCCAACUGGUGGAAAAUGUUUGUUCUUAACGUCUGCCCAUUAUUCGUGACAAAAUUCUUGUUUUAUAGGCCAGACUAAUAAUGGAAAAAGAACCAAUAGGCAAGAAUUAGUUGUGGUUUAGAAAACACAAAAACACUCACCAUAGAACUGAUAUCUGUGUACUAAUGAAUGCCACAUUAGUAAUUUUUAUUGCUAAGACCUAUUUCAGUUUAAGAAGGGAAUGCAGUAAUGGGGAAAUGUUGAGGUUAUUCAUGUUCUGACCCCCUUCUCACCUAUACAGUGUUUAAGAAUGACCAGUAUGAAAAACUUUGGUGGCCAAACAGCACAUUACACCAAGGGGUUGUUGGUUGAUUUGUUACCUAUCCUUUUUUUCGUCUUUUUUUGUUCGUGUCUGUACAAACAGCUGAUGGGCUGGUAACUUGAUCUAGAAAGCAGCUGAGACUGGGUCUCUGCGACCUUGGGACAUUUUAGAGUCUCAGUUACCUUUCUCAAUAUGCAUCCUGUUCUGGGUGUGUGUGAGAGAGAGAAUUCAGGAGCUUUUUAUCACCCUUGAAUU